UGGUCUGACUUUAUAGUUUCUGUUUACUAUUUAGCACAUACAGCUGUACAUGCAUAUUUGGUGAUAAAUUAAACAGUUUUAAAAUAAAAUAGUGUCUUUAUUGAUUAUGCUUUCCACAUCUCCUCCGGCUGUUAGUUUGAAUGAUGCUAGUAAACCUACAGCAAAACAUCAAUCUUCCUGCGAAAAAAUGAGCACGAAUGCAAGUGAUAACAAUGAAAGUCAAGACAACACAACAAAAAUAAUAACUAAGAACAAUAUAAGUGAAAGUAGUGCUGUAAGUGGUGAUACUAAUUUGGAAAAUAAUGUGGGAACGCCAAAAAAGAAAAAUGCCCGCAAGCGUGAAAAAUUAAAGAAAUUACAAAUAACUUCACAAAAUGUAUGCUUGCAUUCAAACCCUGAAGUAAGUUUUGCUCUAGACGAUGAGUCUUUUCAAAUUCGUCCAUCUACUUCGCAAGAAGUUACAAAUCAAGUAUCCAAACCACAAAUCAAGAGUAAACAGGACACAAAAAAUUAUGUUAAACAAAAGAAUAAAGAUGUAUCCCAAACAAUAAAUGAGAGAUUGUCUCAAUUUCACGUGUCUCCCAAAUUGCAAGAUCACACGAGUGCACAGCGAAAUAAUAUGGUAAAUGAAUACUUUGUUCAACAAGUAAUUCCAUUAUAUGCAACAGCUAAUACCAGGUACCUAGAAAAUCUCUCACAUCAUCCUCAAUUCCAAUUCACACAAAAUGUUACUUCCCAGCAAUUAUUUAAUCAUUAUAGACAAACAUCCAGUGCACCUAACUCUCCAUCUGUACUAGGAAAUAUGCAUCUUAGCCCUAUUAGUUUUCCGAACUCACCAUAUAUUCAAUCAAAUUUACAUUCUCCAAAAUUCUUGCAAAACGUUAUGCAACACCCUUUAUUGAAUCAUUCAAUAAAUUCAGGCAGAAAUUUUAACAUGCCUAAUGGACCCAACAAUGGCAUUCAUUUUAAUGAAAUAGCAAACAUGUCUUCCCACCAACUGACCCCUAACCGUAAAAAUGGUAAAAAGGACCAGAAAAGUUCAGAUCAAAAAUACGAAAAUUAUAUAUCAAAAGAAGAUGUGGAAAAUGGCUUGCAAAAUAAUACACUUCUGGAAGGAGUGUUACGUAUUAAUCCUAAGCAAUUUCAACAUGCAUAUGUAUCAAGCAGUGAUCGCAGUGAGCAAGAUGUUUUGAUAGAUGGAGUAAAAAAUAGAAAUCGUGCCCUGGAAGGUGAUGUUGUAAUUGUACAAUUCUUAGACAAUGACUCUGAAGAAAAUAAGGAAGAAAGUAAACAAAAAAAAGGCAAAGUUGUGUAUAUCAAGGAGAAAGUCCAUUUACGUAAUUGUAUUGGAAUUUUAAAACUAAUGCCAGAUAAAAAUAGACAAAGGGCUCUUUUUAUUCCUAGGGAUUACAGAAUGCCUAGAUUAAAUAUACCCUGCACAUUCUGGCCAGAUAAUUUUUAUAAUGAUUCAAAAAGAUAUGAGAAUACACUGUUUUUAGCAAAAAUAAUGGAUUGGUUUGAUACAAGAUUUGCUAUAGGCAAAAUUGUGUGUAACAUUGGUGAGACAGGAGAUAUACAAUCAGAAACACAGGCCAUUUUAGCACAAACUGACAUAGACGUCAAACCUUUUGGUUUGGAAGUGAGGCAUUUAUAUCCUAAUUUAGAUUAUGUUAUACCAGAAGAGGAAAUUAAAUUGAGAGAAGAUUGUCGAAACAUGUGCAUUUUCAGCAUUGACCCUUAUAACUGUCGUGAUAUAGAUGAUGCUAUUUCAUGUAGAGUUCUAGAAAAUGGCAAUUAUGAAUUAGGUGUGCAUAUAUCUGAUGUAUCACAUUUCUUAACAGAGGACACUAUACUAGAUGAGAAAGUUGCUGAAAAGGCAACAACUGUGUAUAUGGUUGAAAAGGCAUAUCACAUGUUACCAGAUGAACUUUGUACUCUUUGUUCUUUGUUUCCUGGAGUAGAUAAACUUGCUUUUUCUAUAUUUUGGGAGAUAACAGAUGAUGCACAAGUUGUAAGUACAAGAUUUAGUAAAACUGUUAUUCAUUCAUGUUGCCAAUUAGCUUAUGAAAAUGCACAGGCUGUUCUUGAAAAUAAAGUUGAUGCUGAAUCAAACUUUCCCGAAAUUUGCAACAAUUUUAAAUAUGAGGAUGUGAACAAAACAAUAAAAAUUUUGGGUAAGAUUUCAUCCAUUUUAAGGAGGCGACGGUUCGAAGGUGGGGCAUUAAGAAUUGAUCAACCCAAAGUCUCCUUCCACUUAAGCCCAAAAAAUGGAAUGCCGGAGUCUUUUUGGAUUUAUGAAAGUAAAGAAAGCCAUCAGCUCAUUGAAGAAUUUAUGUUACUUGCAAAUAUGUCUGUUGCGCAAAAAAUUUACGAAGAUUAUCCUCAACUAGCAUUUUUAAGAUGUCAUCCAGAGCCAAGUGGCUACAUGUUACGCCAGUUGGAGAAAUCGUUGAAACCCAUGGGCAUAGACCUUGAAAUAUCAUCUGCUGGUGAUUUGCAUAAGUCACUUUUACCAUAUGUAGGUCCCUCUAACACUGAUAAAGGAAAAGCAAUGGUUUUAAGUAUGUUGUGUGCAAAACCUAUGGCAAGAGCUAAAUAUUUCUGUGCUGGUGGUUCUGAAGAAGACUUCCAUCACUAUGCACUGAAUGUUCCACUAUACACACAUUUUACAAGUCCCAUUCGACGAUAUGCAGAUAUAAUGGUUCAUAGGUUAUUAUCUGCUAGUAUUAAAUACAGAGAAGUGCCCAAGUGGGAAAUAGACAAAGUCAGAAUGGUUGCAGCACAAUGCAAUAAACAAAAAUAUAACGCUAAGAGAGCUGGUGAAUUAUCUACGGAAUUGUAUACUCUGAAAUAUAUUGAAAUGAAUUCUCCACUGACAACUGAAGCUGUGGUUGUUGAAGUUAGGGAAAAGUACAUUGAUGUCAUUGUCGUUGCUAUGGGCCUGAAUAGGAGAAUAUUCUUCAAUAAUGAUUUUCCAGGAGAAUAUAAAUGUAUAAAAAAUGACGCGGGUAUGAAAUUAUCCAAGAUGGAAUUAACAUGGCAUGCCACAGAUAAUCUACCUCAAGUUAAACAAAUUAUAAGUGUUUUUACUACAAUACAAGUCGAAAUGCAUAAGGGAGAUGAUAUGGUGAAGGUGGAAACUAAACUCGUUAGACCUCUGCAAUUAGACCCCACAUUAUAGUUAAUUAGGCACAAUGUUACUUAUAUAUUCAGGAUCUUUAAUGUUUUAUUAUAGAUGUAGUAAAUUGAAAAAAAAAAUUCACCAUUAUUGUGAAAUAAUUGCAUAAUUUUUUUAUUUAUUUAUACAUUUUAUACAAUGUGUAUGUUGGACAUGGUAUUAUGCUCUAAUAUGAGUUAUAUUGAUUUGAUGUUAUUUUUGAAAAAGUACAAGUAGAACAUUUUGAUAUUGUUAUCACAGACUUUUUAUUAUAUGACUUAAUGAAAUAAAUAAUUGUGAGUUAUCAGGUACAUACAACAGUGAAUUUCGUUUUUUUUUUUUUAAAUUGAAUAUGACAUCAUAUUUUAUGUGGACUAAAAAUUACUUCUUUAAGAUUGACAAACAAGCCACAAGAAUGUUGAAGGACAAAAGUACAUCAUUAUUUAUUUUUAUUAUAUUGACGGAUGAAAUUUUAAAUGUGGCAAUAAAUGUCACAAUAACUUAUAUUUUAUAGAAUAAGUAGUAGAUUUGUAUAAAUGUUUUACAGUUUAUGCAUAUUUUUGUAGUGACUUUUUAAUUAGUUUAGUGUAAGGCUUUCAACUCGAUUGUUUUUAUUGUCUGAUUGUUGAUAAUUAAAGAUAGAUGAAAGUUGUUACAGCAAUUUUAAACUUAAAAUAAACACUUAAUUUUUUUUUUAUAUAAAUUGGGAAGUGUUAUCAUAGUUGUUCUGACAUCGCACUUUCGACUUUUCGAUACUUAUCUACAAUUUUAACGAAUUUUAUUAGAAAAUAAAGUGAAAUAUUAGUAAAAAAAA